CAUCGGAAUUUAGACAGGCAUUUUUAUAGUCGUUUUUAGGGUCCUUUGGUUUUCAACUGAUGUUUUGCUACGAAAAGAAGUAUGCCUGCUGAAGGCAAGCGCUUAGCGAACAUGGAUGAGAAAGAAUUUCCCUUCAGUAACAAGGAUAGAGAAGGAGAGAGGAGAGGUACACCUCGAGACAAAGCAAAGGAAGAGACUAAAAUGAGCGCUAAAAAGGACGGUGGCAAAGAGGAGAAGCGAAAACGCAUUGAAGAGGAGAAGAAAAAGAAGGAGGAAAAAGAGCGUAAGAAAAAAGAGGAGGAGAAACAAAAGGCUGAAGAGGAGCUGAAGAAGAGAGAGGAGGAGGAGAGGAGACAACAAGAGGAGCACGAGAAGAAGCUUCAAGAGGAGGAAAGCAAACGACAGCGUGAAGAGGAGGCAGCCCUUGUGAAGGAGAAAGAAGAGUGUCACCAACUACACCAGGAAGCUUGGGAGCGGCAUCAGUGCAGGAAGGAGUUGCGUAGCAAAAAUCAAAGUGCCCAAGAUGGUCGUCCUGAAGAGGCCUUUUUCAGUCGGCUGGAUUCUAGUCUCAAAAAGAAUACAGCGUUUGUCAAAAAACUGCGGACACUUACUGAACAGCAACGUGACUCUCUCUCCAAUGACUUUGCCUCUCUCAACCUUAGCAAAUAUAUUGGAGAGGCAGUGAGCUCUGUUGUAGAGGCAAAACUUAAGAUUUCGGAUGUGGGCUGUGCUGUUCAUCUAUGCUCACUGUUUCACCAGCGGUAUGCAGAGUUUGCACCAUUAUUGUUGCAGUCUUGGAAAAAGCACUUUGAGGCUAGGAAAGAGGAUAAGACACCUAAUGUCAGUAAACUGCGCACAGACCUGCGCUUUAUUGCAGAGCUCACCAUUGUUGGACUCUUCACUGACAAGGAAGGCCUUCUGCUUAUUUAUGAACAACUGAAAAACAUCAUCAACACUGACCGGGAGACUCACACUCAUGUGUCAGUUAUCAUAAGCUUCUGCAAACAUUGUGGAGAUGACGUAGCAGGCCUAGUACCUCGAAAAGUUAAAGUGGCUGCAGAAAAAUAUAGUCUAGCAUUUCCUCGAAGUGAGAUAAUCAGCACAGAAAAACAACAGCCUUUUCAGAACCUUUUGCGGGAAUACUUUACAUCACUUGCCAAGCACCUAAAGAAGGACCACAGGGAACUACAGAACAUUGAGAGACAGAACCGACGAAUUCUACAUUCUAAAGGAGAAUUGAGUGAGGACCGACACAAACAGUAUGAGGAAUUUGCAACUUCCUACCAAAAGCUGUUGGCCAAUACUCAGUCUUUAGCUGAUCUGCUUGAUGAAAAUAUGCCAGAGUUACCCCAAGACAAGACCGUGCAAGAGGAGCAUGGGCCUGGGAUUGACAUUUUUACUCCUGGAAAGCCUGGAGAGUAUGACCUAGAAGGGGGUAUAUGGGAGGAUGAAGAUGCCCGAAACUUUUAUGAAAACUUAGUGGACUUGAAAGCAUUUGUCCCAGCCAUCCUCUUCAAAGACAAUGAGAAAACAAAUCAGGGAAAAGACAAAGAUGAUGCUCGAGAUGGCAGAGAGGGAAAGGAUACCACCACUGCAGAGGAGCUGGAGCUAGAAUUGGAGGCUCUGGAUAUCGCAGAUGAACCUCUUGAACUGGAGGGGCCUGAAGAGGCAGAAAAUGAAGAACUGGCCAAAAAGCUAAUGGAUGACCAAGAACAAGAAGAUGAGGAGGCCAACACAGGCUCACACUUGAAGCUCAUUGUAGAUGCUUUUAUCCAACAGCUUCCCAACUGUGUGAACAGAGACCUCAUUGAUAAGGCUGCCAUGGACUUCUGCAUGAACAUGAACACCAAGGCUAACAGGAGGAAACUGGUGCGAGCUUUAUUUACAGUUCCUCGACAAAGGCUUGAUUUACUACCAUUUUACUCUCGCUUGGUGGCCACUCUUCAUCCCUGUAUGUCAGAUGUGGCUGAGGACCUUUGUUCCAUGCUAAAGGGGGACUUCAGAUUUCAUAUUCGUAAGAAGGACCAGAUAAAUAUCGAAACUAAAAACAAAACUGUCAGAUUCAUUGGGGAACUGGCCAAGUUCAAAAUGUUUUCAAAAACAGACACACUUCAGUGUCUUAAGAUGUUGCUCUCAGAUUUCACUCAUCACCACAUUGAAAUGGCAUGCACACUGCUGGAGACCUGUGGGCGGUUCCUCUUCAGGUCACCAGACUCUCACCUGCGCACUAGUGUCCUCCUGGAACAAAUGAUGCGUAAGAAACAAGCUCAGCACUUGGAUGCUCGUUACGUAACAAUGGUGGAAAAUGCUUACUACUACUGUAACCCCCCCCCAAUUGAGAAAGCGGUAAAGAAAAAGAGGCCUCCACUGCAGGAAUACAUCCGCAAGCUACUGUACAAGGAUUUGUCCAAGGUGACCACUGAGAAGGUUUUAAGGCAGAUGCGAAAGCUGCCCUGGCAGGAUCCUGAGAUCAAGAGCUACUUGAUCUGUUGCAUGGUCAACAUUUGGAAUGUCAAAUACAACAGUAUCCACUGUGUGGCCAAUCUGUUGGCGGGACUUGUGGCUUACCAAGAAGAUGUGGGUAUCCAUGUGGUGGAUGGAGUCCUAGAGGACAUCCGACUGGGGAUGGAGGUCAAUCAACCAAAGUUCAACCAACGUCGCAUUAGCAGCGCCAAGUUUCUUGGUGAACUUUAUAACUACCGCAUGGUAGAGUCUGCUGUAAUUUUCCGUACCCUGUUCUCCUUCAUAUGCUUCGGAGUAAAUCAAGAUGGUACGUCCAGUCCAUUAGAUCCCCCUGACCACCUGUUCCGCAUCCGCCUUGUUUGCACUUUGCUUGACACCUGUGGUCAAUACUUUGAUCGAGGGUCUAGCAAAAAGAAGUUGGACUGUUUCCUCAUAUAUUUUCAAAGGUACAUUUGGUGGAAGAAGAGCAUGGAUGUUUGGACCAAAGAUCACCUGUUUCCCAUCGACAUUGACUACAUGAUCACUGACACUCUAGAACUACUGCGACCCAAAAUGACACUCUGUAGCUCCCUGGAAGAGGCCAGCAAGCAGGUUGUUGAUUUAGAAAAGGAGGUGCUCAUCAAAUUAGGUAUGGCCAUGGAGACGGACGGUCGCUCCAGCGCUAUGAGUGAAGCUGAUGCUCUUGAUGAAGAGGAUGAUGAUGACGAUGAAGAGGGAGGCGCAGAGACAGAGGAGCAGUCCGGCAACGAAAGUGAAAUGAAUGAACAGGAAGAAGAUGAGGGGUCGGAUAAUGACGACGAGGAACAUGAAGAGGAGGAUGAGGAGAACACAGACUACCAGACAGAUUCUAACAAAGAAAAUGAGACUGAUGAAGACAACAAUGAGGUGACCAUCCGUGGUGGAGGACUAAAACAUGUGGCCUGUGCUGAAGAUGAGGACUUCAUACAGGCUCUGGAUAAGAUGAUGCUGGAGAACCUUCAACAGCGUAGUGGUGAGUCAGUGAAAGUGCACCAGUUGGAUGUGGCCAUUCCCCUCCAGUUGAAGAGCCAGUUAAAAAAGGGUGGUGCUGGGCAACCAUGCAUUGGAGAUGGAGACACUGACAUAUCUGACACCAUGCAAUUUGUCAUGCUCACACGCAAAGGCAAUAAGCAGCAGUACAAGGUCCUGAACGUACCCCUGUCAUCCCACCUCGCGGCAAACCACUUCAACCAGCAGCAGGCAGAGCAAGAGGAACGCAUGAGAAUGAAGAAACUCACCUUGGAUAUUAAUGAAAGACAGGAGCAGGAAGACUACCAGGAAAUGAUGCAGUCCUUGGCUCAGCGUCCCGCCCAGGCAAACACCAACAGAGAGCGCAGGCCUCGCUAUCAGCACCCAAAAGGGGCUCCCAAUGCAGACCUCAUCUUCAAAACAGGGGGAAGGAGACGUUGACUUGGGUCUGGGUCCAGGCUGAUUGAAUAAGCGAGUAGAAGAAGGAACAGGUAAAAAAGCAAGAUCGGAAAUAACCGGUCUGAGCAGGAAACAAGUCUUCUGGUCUUCCACUGAAUCAGGAUGAGGCCUAAACACUUUGGAGCCUGAAGAGGAGGACCAAACCAGGACUGCCGGUCUGGGGUUCAGAGGUCGGACACAGGUGGCAGGCGUCUUUUCUUUUUUGUCUGUUAGCAAAGUGGAGAGUAGCACAGCAGCUUGCAGAUGCAAUGCUGUCCAGAACAGACAUGUUUAAUAUUGAACAACUAACAGCAAGAUGGACAAGAUCCCUGUCUACCUUUCAUGCAAAUGCUGAAAUGUCUCAUUUUUGGGAAUAGUGGAUAAGACAAAGUCAUUAAGGCAAAAAGUGUGGUACAGCUUGAAAAGUCAGCACACGUUUUAAUUAUAAAUCCAAACUUGAUGUGUUUUGGAAAGAAAAUUUAUUAACCUGGUUGUCUGAUAAUAAGUUGGAGAGAAGAAGAGAGACUCUCCUGAAAGUAUCUGUAUUUUGUGGCACUUUUUUACAUACACAUUGUCCAUAAACUUAAAGAUUUACAUAGUAUCCUAAAUAUCAAACUCUAGACAUGAUUGGAAAAGUAUAACGUGACUGUUUUUGUUAAUACUCUUGGUGUAUGGUGAUAACAGUUGAGUUUUGUUAUGGAUAUGAAUAAUAUUUGUCACUGUUAGUGCCAUAUAACACAAAUCAAUAAAUUAAACCACACAUCACUAA